AUGCUUUGGACACAACCUCAUCCAUCUGCUUAUUCAACAGAUAAUUUAUUCGUAUUUAAUAGUCAUAGUGACAACCACAACAGUAUCAACAAUGCCUUCAGCAAUAGCAAUAUCACAGCUCUGAAUGGCAGUUGUAGCACAAACGCCUCCCUUUCUUCCACUCCUACUCCCUCAUCCACCAUUUCCAUGCUUAAUAUGAUAUCUGCACGUCCAUCGGAACCUAUAGCUAUACCACUCAAUUCUAACGCAUCAACCAAUAAUCUCUGUCAGCUCAGCAACUUAAUUUCUCCAGUAAACGACAACAUCUAUCAAUCCAAUUUCAUGUUACCGCCAUCGAACACUUCUUUAUCAAAUGCAACGGAUUCAAAAAUGUUACCGGUCACAUUUUAUGACACGUUGCUAAUGCAGCAGCAGCAGCAACAGCAGCCACAUUCACGGCAGUUUAUACAACCACCAGCCUCUGCAAUGCCAUUGUCUGCUACAACAAAUACAGUUAAUAGCAGUAGUUAUAAUAGUGCAUUUCUAACAGCACUUUCUCGCCGAGAAAAUCAGCGAAUUCAUCAACAGCAACAACAAAUGCUGCAAUAUACCAAUCAUCCCAUUUUGCAAACAAAUACCAAACCUGGCAGAUCCGAGCCCAUGCCUCCCAAUAACAUUGUUACCACCAAUUCUACUAUCACUCACACCAUACCAACUCAUUACGCAGUCUCAAAUGUUACCACAAUGUUAGACGAUAACAACAGUAGCAUUGUUAAAGGUACCAAAAAUGAAACGGACCGAAGAGAGGAAGGUGUCAAAACAUCCUCAUCUCAGUCCAUACCUUUCUUAGUCUCCAGUAUCUCUUCUUCAUCCUCAACAUCUUCUACAUCAAUUACAGCACGCCGAAAACAAAGAAAAAAAACUGCUCUUGCUACUUUGAAUGCAUCAUCUUCGAGCUCUGAAGACAAGGACGAUACGGAGAAACGCAAAAACUUUUUGGAACGUAACAGACAAGCCGCCUUAAAGUGUCGACAAAGAAAGAAACAAUGGUUACAAAGUUUACAAGAACGGGUUGAAUUUUUAGCCAAUGACAACGAACAACUGCAUUUACAAGCCACGGUGAUGCGAGACGAAGUGUUGGCUUUAAGAAACUUAUUAAUGGCUCAUAAAGAUUGCCAAUUUAGUGAGGCGACGAAAUUGGCCAUUAUGAAUGCGGCAAAUACUACAUCAACGAAUAACGCUACUGCUACUAGUGCUGUAACGGACGGCAAAUCCGCUGGUUUCGAAACAGAUAAUAGUGUUGACUCUACCACUAGUGGUUGGAUAGUAGCUGAUACUACUGCUGUCUUGAUCAAUACCCCAGUUGCUGAAAACUUAAUGAUACCAAUAACAAACGACUAUAAUAUUACGCUUCAAUGA